AGCAAAUAGCAACGUCCGCCUCUCUCGGCCGAGUCUCGGGACAUCAAGCAAGGGAUCAUCGACUUUGAGUCCAUCGGGUCUCGAAUCAUCAAACGGGUUUCUCUUCCCUUUGUCUUCGCUGCUCCCAAAGGCACCCUUCUCCCUACCACAUCCAUCGGGUGGAGUCUCAGCGUUGGAUUACCCUCUCGAAGCUCACCAUACCCAACCGACCUCGCCCUUUAUACCGAACGAACAAACUCCAACAACAUGGUCACCUUGUCAGAUGCCGGGGUCUCUAACGACCGUGAUACAACGACAGUUCAAACAAAGGACCACUACCUCAUCAAGAGCACACAUCAACUCAAUCCAUCUCAACCAAGUACCGCCGGUAAUAGCAAUAACAACCCACCGCUCGUUGCACCGCGUCAUCUAAUGGACGUACCCGAAGGUGAGGUCGUGCAGCUGGACGACCCCCCUCGAACCCCCCUUUCCCCGACAACAACGGUCGACCACCCCCACCACCACCAAGAAGUCCCGUUCCCCAUCAAUCAUCCAGAUCACGGUAUCGAAAUCGUCGACAGUCCUGAUUCAAUCAAGGAUACCUUUCCUUCCCCCGGGCUCGCACCUCCUUACCCUACCGCAUCUUCGUCGACGGCACUCUAUCAGAAUCAUCCGUUUGGUAACCCAUCGAUUGUCCGACCAUCGACAUCACGACGCACCUCGAACGCUUCAUCGGUACAUCCUAGCGUGUACCACUCCCCGCGUAUCGCUCCACGGUCCCCAUCCGGUACUGGUUCGCCUGCAGGGUCUCGCCCACCUUCUCGAGCACCCAGUUUGGGAAGCCAUCAUGCGUUGAACGCUGGUCUAUCAGGUCGGGCCCGUUCCCUGUCCAAUCAGUCACAAUCGGGAUCCUCGACCUCUGGACCAAGAGGUGCCAACGUCUCGCGACGUUCCUCCGCAGCGGGAGGCGGGUGGCGGCAGUCGUUCUCUGGGGGACUUCGAGCUCGACCACCAUCGACUUUGAUCCCCGCUCCGGGACACGAGUCGGAGACCAUCCCGCCUUCUUCUGAUGGCAGCGAUAGUUUCCAACAGGACACCAUCAAAGGGUCGCUUCUACCGGCCGCUAGCUUAAGGGGACCAUCCCCGUCUCCUCGACCUCGGAGUCCUCAUGCCGUCAUCAUCAAAGACUUUGCCUACACGGCUCAGGACGAUCGUUUCGUUGGCGUCUACCCAUCUUCAGGUGGUUCCCAGCCUGCCAGCCGAGCGUCUUCCGAGGCGGGAGACCUGUUUUUCUCUUCAGGUCUACCGAGCGGUCUGGGUCGAUCAGGAUCAAAGGGUGGAUCGGGAAACCGGAGAAAGAGCUCGUUCGGAGGCUGGGGAGGGUUCUUUGGGGGUUGGAGGCGAGGUUCGGCUCAGGGAAGCGGGUUGGGUUUGGGCAAUCUGACCAAGGUGGAUACGGACGUCGAUCUCAGUAGCGACUUGACGCCCAGCUCGUCAUUUACCGAGGAAGGCAAGUCGCCGCUCAUCGGGAUCGCCCGGGAUGAGAAUGGAGAGCGGCAUCACCACGACGUCUGGGAAGACGAGGAUGUCUCGGGGGAUGGAGAGCUAGAGGGAGAAGAGGAUAUCGGUCCAGAACCCGUCGGGCGAUAUCGUGUAGCCUACGCAUUCGAAGGGCUGGGCGGACACGAGAUGAACGUCGAGGAAGGCGACAUGCUCGACGUCAAAGGUCGAGGGGGAGGUGUAGGAUGGGUCAUUGCUGUUCGGCUCAGGGCUGCACAUAGUUCGGAAGAGUUGAUGGAAGGACUCGUACCGGAGAGUUAUUUGGAGGUCGCAGACUCAUAAACGAGUCGUACACAUGUAUAUUAGCGCAUGUACCAGAUUGGCGCAUCAAGCGGGCAUACAUGCGCGCAUCGGCAUCCGAAAGCUUGUUACGGAGUGUAUUUUGUAUGCUACAGUCAAACUGGAGUCGUUUUGCUGGUUUGCUGUGACCCAUCUACGACCCCGAGAAGAUGUGC